AUGAGCACCGACCCAGUCCUCGAAUUUUACUUUUUAAAUUGGGAAUUUCAUGAUAAACCCAGUGGAUCGGUCUGGAGAAAUCAAGAGAAGUUACAGAGAGAUCAUCAUAGUCUUGUUAUGGAUUUUAUCACUCUGUUUCUCAUUGUCUCUGCAUUUUGUACUGCUUCAGCUCAACAAAAUGUGAGCAGAAGCUCUUUUCUAACACCCACCACAAACUCUACGUGGUUGUCACAUUCUGGUCUCUAUGCCUUUGGAUUUUACAAACAGGGCAAUGAGUACGCUGUUGGAAUUUUUAUUCAUGGUAUUCCAGAGAAGACCGUGGUCUGGACGGCAAACCGUGAUAAUCCACCUGUCUCCAGCAAUGCUACCUUGCUUUUCGCAAGCGAUGGCAGGCUUGUCCUUCAAAUGGGACAAGAGCAGCUGGCCGUCGUAGCUGAUUCCUCUGGGUCUGCUUCGGCUUCCAUGCUUGAUUCAGGAAAUUUUGUGAUCUAUAAUUCUGAUCAAGCAAUAAUAUGGCAGAGUUUUGAUCAACCGACUGAUUCCCUUUUACCCAGUCAACGUCUCUUAGCAGGCCAUGAGCUGUUUUCGAGUAUUUCAGACACUCAACACUCAACGGGUAUCUUCCGUCUGAAGAUGCAGAAUGACGGAAACCUUGUUCAGUACCCGGUGGAUACUCCAGACACAGCUGCAUACUCUUACUUUGCAACUAGUGCAGGUGGCUUUGGAGAUAACGUGACGCUAAACUUUGAUCCUGAUGGCCGUCUCUACUUGCUAAACGCUACUAGUUUCAACAUUGGGAAUCUAACGGAGGGAGGAUAUCCUACAGAAGAUACUAUUUAUCUCGCGAGAAUAGAUGCUGAUGGGAUAUUCCGGCUAUACUCGCAUGAUCUGAAACAGAAGGGAAGCUGGUCAAUUCUAUGGCCAUCUUCAUAUGAUGAGUGUAAUCCCAAGGGGCUCUGCGGAUUAAAUGGUUUUUGUGUUUCAAACGAUCAGAAGGCUGACUGUGUAUGCCUUCCGGGAUUCGAAAUGGUACAACAGGGGAACUGGACUGCUGGCUGCGAGAGGAAUUUCACUGCCGAAAGUUGCAAAAGCAAAAAUGGAGAUAUUACACACAACAUGCAAGAAGUGGCUAACACGGUAUGGGAAGAUGUUUCAUAUUCUGUUCUGACAGUCCCAUCCAAAGAUUCUUGCAAAAAGGCCUGUUCAGACGACUGUAACUGUGAAGCUGCGCUAUUCAAAGACAGGACGUGCAAAAAACAGAGGCUUCCAUUGAGAUUUGGGAGAAGGCAACUGGGUGAUUCAAAUAUAGCUUUCGUCAAGGUAAGUACGUCUACACCCACUGCUCCAACUGGAAAUAUGAAGAGAGAAAACAAGAAAGAGCUUCGAGUGGACAUCAUAAUUAUUGGUGCUUCAUUUGUUGCUUUUGGAUGCAUGAUGUUGGUAAUUUCAGGAUUUGUUUUUUACAAAAAUCAUUUUCGGUACAGAAAACUCUCUUGUGUUGGAAAUGUUGAAGUGAGUCAGGAGUUUGCUCCACGAUCGUUCACUUAUUCAGAACUUGAGCAAGUGACGGGUGGUUUCAAGGAAGAGGUUGGCAGAGGGUCAUUCGGUGCAGUGUUUAAAGGGGCAAUGUCUAAUGGCGAGAAGGUUGUAGCUGUCAAAAGAUUAGAGAAAGUGUUGGCCGAAGGAGACACAGAAUUUCAGACUGAGAUGAAAGUUAUUGGGAGAACGCAUCAUAGAAACCUUGUUCGUCUGCUCGGAUAUUGCCAUGACGGAAUUCAUAGGCUUCUGGUUUAUGAGUACAUGAGCAAUGGGUCACUUGCAGAUGUACUAUUCACACCAGAAAAACAACCAUGUUGGGAUGAAAGAAUGGGAAUUGCUCGUAAUAUAGCAAGAGGAAUUCUUUAUCUCCAUGAAGAGUGUGAUGAGCAGAUCAUUCAUUGUGACAUAAAGCCUCAGAACAUCCUCAUGGAUGAGUACGGGUGUGCAAAAAUCUCUGAUUUUGGAUUGGCAAAACUCUUAAAGCAAGACCAAACUAAAACCUUUACUGGUAUCAGAGGGACAAGGGGGUAUGUUGCUCCAGAGUGGCAUCGGAAAUUGCCCAUCACAGUGAAAGCAGAUGUUUAUAGCUACGGCAUUGUACUCUUGGAAAUCAUAUGUUGUCGAAAGAAUGUAGACUGUAAUCUACCGGAGAAAGAAGCCAUUCUUGAAGAAUGGGCCUACUAUUGUUUUGAAACUGGCGACAUAACUAAAUUACUUGGCGAUGAAAAGGUUGACAAUAAACAAGCGGAGAGAAUGGUUAAAUUAGGAAUUUGGUGCAUUCAGGAUGAGCCAUCACUCCGGCCCUCAAUGAAGAAGGUUCUGCUUAUGUUGGAAGGGACUGUUGAUAUUCCAAUCCCUCCCAGCCCUGCUUCUUUCCUAAGUGCGAUAUAAACUCUCAAGUGAUUGAUCCUUGUAAUUUGUAUAACAAAGUGAUUGAUUAGGCAUGAAAAAAC